AUGAUUUGGGGGUUUCACUUGUCGCUUGUCCCAGGGUUGGAGGUGCCGCUUGCCCCACAAUUUUGGAGUGCCGCUUGCUGCUUACUCCACGAUCUUGGGGGUGCCGCCAAAUCACACAUCACGCUUAAUGAUAGGAUCUUUCAGGUGUCAGCAGCAGGAGCAGCAACGAUGGCGAUGGCGACUGAUACCGCUAUGCUGAUGCGUUGUGUCGAGCUGCCCAUGCCGUACCAUUGUCCAUCAUCAGUGGUUCUUCGGUUGCGCGCGCGAUAUCCUACCUGCUACCUUCGGAAGUACGUGCUACAAGUGACACCGGGAAGUGACCGGGUGAGAUUUGGGAGAAUUGACAAUCACUGGCUGCAUAUGAUUUCACCAAGAGCAGAAGCCAAAUGGCAGCAAUGGUACGAAGAAGUUGAAUCAGAUGUAGGGUCUGAGUUAGACAUAAAUGACGCUGCCUCUGAACACAGUUUGCAUGAUACUAACACGGAGCAAUCCUCGGACUCUGAUGACGAGGAUAUUUGUUUACCUUUAUCUCUAUCUGCUUUGAAGAAAAUACUGCAUUUCACUGGAAAGGAUGGCACACCAUGGAAAAACUAUACCAAGACGCGCAUUCAUUACAUCUUUGGCAAAAGAGCUUAUAAGACCACACAUGAUGAAACGAGCUCCCCUUACAAAUAUUUCUUUUCCUCUUGGACAAAAAAUUCGAUCGAUUACUGGCAUUCAAAAGAAAAAUACACCCCCACAGAAUCCAGAGCAGAAACCAAGGUGAUCAUGAGGCACUCAGGCCUAGUUGGUCUGUUCAUGCUAUGUCUGGCUACGGUGUCUACAAUGCCUUCGGACACCGUCACCUCAAGGUAUCCAGAAUACACUAGGUUCCUUUUAGAUCCUUUAUCAAAUUUAUUGCGCCCUAAUACCACUUCGUCUCUUAUUUUAAGCGAUACUCCCAGGGAGAUCUCAAAACACAACCCUAUUAUCAAAAAUAAUAAGUCUAGAUUAAGAAAACAUAAAAACAAGAUCAAAGGUAACUUGGUAGUCAAAGGUACCAAUAGAGUAAAUGUUAUUUCCGACACAAGUAAAAAUUCGAAUCACAAAGUAGUUACUAUGAAACCUAUUCGUAUACAGUUGACUACACGUCAUAUCACGACAAGUAACCCGCUCGUUAGUACAACUAUGAAUAGUAGCACUUUGUACAAAAACAAGAACAAUACGACAUUUCCAACUGAUGCACCGUUCAGGCUCAAGGUUACAAAGCCCGACGAGUAUCUAAAUGGUACAUCAAUAACACCAACUUUCAUUAAAGUCACUACAAAAACUAAAGAAAGGUCAACAACUCCUUUCCCUUUGGUAUCCUUAAAAUCUACAAGCAAUAACAUUUACACAAAAUGGUCGGAUGAGCCUAACUACAAUGAGGUGAAACAAAACUGGUACGAAGAAGGAGUGCCUUACCCUAGCCCUAAUCCCGAAAUUAAUUCCCCUUCGCCUAGUGUGUCUUUGAGUGAGCUGAGCUCGGUAACUCCGUCUUUGGUUAGUCAAGAAAGCUCCAGUCCAAUAGAAGGUGCUGUAGCAAACGAUGCAUUUCCAAGUGUCAGUCCUUCUCCUGAAAUCAGUUCUUAUUCUCCUCAAUAUUCUAUUGCUGAUGCUGUUCCUUCAGCAAUACCAGAAACAUCUGCUAGCGAUUCUGUUGGCUCUGCUGCUUUGGAUGCAGCUAGUUCCAAUCCAAUAAGUGUCUUCAACCUGGAUAUGAUUCCGGAUGCUACUAGAAUAGGGGAAGGUGCGGGAUCACCGUGCCCCACAGUUCAUAUUUCUAGUUCUCUGUUUGGGAUUCCACAGCAAAGGCAAGCGCCAGACUGUUCUGAUUUAAGUCUGACAAUCAAUUCCCACAUUCACCAAAAUCCUGGUAAUACCAGGACCCCAGAAACAUACCAGGCUGCUGGAGAUCCUGCAGGAGGAGCUCCUGUCGAAGAAGCUGCAGAUCCGGCUACUUCUGUAGGUACAGCGCAAGAUGCACCUAUAGGAGCAGCACAAGAUGCUCCCGAAGCAUCCAAUCCUGCAUCGGCUAACACAGGUGGCAUUCCAGGCGCCCAAUCUGGUGGCACUGGUGGAAACGGUGGUAAUGGAGGGGAUGGUGGUGACGGAGAUGAUGGUGGGGGGUGGAAAUUCCCAGAUUUGAAGGGGCUCUUCGAUGCCCUUGGGCAUCUAUGGCCCAUACUCAAUCGUUUGCUGAGUUUCUUCAAGAACCCUUACUUAUACGUUGUACCGAUGGCGUUAGCCUUCAUACUCGGUUUUAUCAAAAUAAUCGCUUUGUUUCCAUGGUGGAUACCAUUGUUGGUCUUCUAUGUAGGUCUGAAGUCUGCAAAGAAACCUACGCAGCAGAUUGCAAUCUACAAGCACGUCCAUAAACCAGUAUAUCAUCCAGAUGGGUGGUUUUGGAAUCACCAGACUAAAACAUGGACGAACGUUGCAGAAGUGGGCCUUCAUAAAAAGGAUGCGGAUGUUAACAGUAUUGAUGCUAGGAUAGAUAAACUGUUCAAUGGUCACUACAACAAUUCUACUCGUAAUAAAACCAGCAAAAGGGGUGUUAACAGUAUAGAAGCCAGGAUUGACAAACUAUUGAGUAGUACGAAUAUCAGCAAUUUUAAUACGACCAGAAAAGAGGAGGCGAAUACAGAGUUGGAGAUGGAGGCGAUGUUAAAGGGAGAGAUACCGAGCAGACAAUCUCUACAAAGGACCCCACCCCAUGGGCAGGAGGAGCAGAGAAAGAGGAAGGAGUCGUGUGCGGGGAUAUUAGAAUUCGAGUCCCCGGAGGACGUUAGUAAGACGGUAAGGGAACUGGGAAAAUGA